GAAAGACACAGUAAAAGGACAGGUAUCGGCAAAAGGGUGCUACCCGUUGCGUUCGAAUAUUUGACCAGUCGAAUGGAUAACAAUUAGUUCUGAGAGCCAAACGCAUCUCAAUACUGAGUCUCACAGCUUCGAUUGAGUUGACGCCAGGGAGUCGCAAGCUCCCAACUCGGUUCAUAACAUGGCAUAUAUCGUUCACUGUCUCGACAUCCUCUGGUUGCUUAGCUUCAUCGACGUCAGCUGUGCACAUGAGCCGCCUGUCUCUCCAGUCACGCCGCAUACCAAUUCCAUUGGUCAAACUAGCUUGUCUGGCUCGCUUGAUAGCCUUUCGAAUCCGAAUGCUACCGGAAGCUGGCCAAUUUUCGGGAUCGAUCUAUCAAAGCCACCCUCAGAACCCCCGAGAAACAACGAGUUCGGCCAAGGAAAUGGAUGGAGCAUCAACGUCGCAGUUGCCACGAAUGUUAGUCAGGGUACUAUGAGCAAUUCAAACCCGUCACGAAUCAGUCUUGACGCCUCAGAUACCCCACUCGCAAGUGGAAACGUAUCUGACGGAUACCGUGUCUGCUCAUAUGUCUGGUGGCAGAUGGGCUGGACCGAAAACGAAAUCAAGAUACUCCAUGACGAUAGCGAAGGCUCAUGUGGUGGCGUCAUCCCACAAAACUGCAUUCACGAUAUCAGAGAAACAGCAGCAAAGGUCCAGUGCGACAGUUCUUUGGAGUCGCCGCUCUACGGGAUCGGAUUCAACAUCCCGACGAGUUGCAGUGAUUCAAUGGCUUACACAACGGCAGAAAGAAAAAAUCUAACCACGGAGCUCAUGUCAAAUGGGUCGGACUUUUCGUAUACUUUAUUUCAGUCAAUUGCACCUUAUAACGUUGUCGGAAACGACAGUGAUACCAGAGAGGUCUACGACUAUGCGGUGACACAGGUCUGGCCCGUGAUGCUCUCUUACAGUUAUACCGAGGAGAGUGGGACCUCAAACUACACGGUCUUCCGCUGCGUUCGAGCUAAUAACAUCACCGCUGGAAGUCGGUUGCCCGAAAGCUUUGGGAAUAGACCGAGCUCAUGGGCUCAAGUCGAAUCAUCAUUCGCGAGUCUAUUUGUGGGCUUGCUAGUUGCGACGAUUGUCUCGAAUUGGAUGUGAAGGAUCUAGGCGGUGCCAUCAAUCCGCGAUGGAGACGCAUUCAUCAGUUCUAGGAGAGUUGUCCAUGGAGGUGAAGUCUGGAUUCGUUGCCGUACACAAAGUACUAGAAGUUGACGUGCACUUGGCACUGGAAAGAUUCAAGGCCGAGAUGCCGCGAGGCAUCAAAAUC